AUGUUCUUACAGAAACUACUGAUGAUGAACUACAGAGCAAGAACUAUCACGGUUACAAAGACUAGUGAACAUCACAAAGAAAAACAACAAAAACCCAAACCAUCAUCUGCAGGCAGUGUUGAUGCAUUUAGUAAACUUUUUGAAAGUCCAUCUUUGUCUGAUGAAAGUAAGAGCAACAUAGACCCUAUUCAUCCGAUGGAUGUUCAGAUGGCUGUGUUUCAUUGUGCUGAUGGUUUCCUGAAGCAGCUGAUCGUCACUAAACUGUCCCAAUGUCAGUACGCUCUGCCUCUGCUUGUUCCUGAUCCAUUUACACACAAGAUUGUGUUUCCUCUCUGGACAUUCAGAGAAAUAAACCAGAGCUGGAAGAUAAAAAACAACAACAGUGAAACCAUCAGUCAAAACCAGCCGGUCUGGAAGGCAAAAACUCCAAUGGUGUUUUUCUUCAGGUUUGGCUCUGUGUCCUCAUCCAAGUCUCAGCUGAUCAACAGUCUGAUCAAUGACAAACACAACACGUUCUUCCAUAGAAACUGCCCAGGAAGCAGCAGAACCAGAGUCCUGAUGGACGGAGUGGUGGAGAUCGCCUGGUUCUGCCCUUCUGGAAGAGAUGAUGAUAAAUUCACAGACCGUGUUGCCUUCUGUAAUCUACACGGUGAUGCAGGAGAACAUGAGAAACAGCUGGAUAUAAUGACUGAAAUGGCCUCAGUCAAUGUUGUUGUUUUACCACAGCUCAGCAGGGAUGACAAAAGAAUGACAAAAAUCCAAAACCUCUUCAAGAACCCAAAGCCACUGAUUUGUCUUCUUCCUGAUGAUGGUUUAGCUCUCACUGAGAUGGGGAAUGGAAAAUAUAAAAUUGGUUUGAAAGGAAGAGGUGAAGCAGAUGUAUCUGAAGAUCUCAGACAAGCUAUUACAGAUUGUCUCUCAGAAUCAUCUUCCACUUUCAGACUUGAAGAUGUGUCCAAACACUCUGACAUCAGAGUAGAUGAGGAAGAAGAUGAUGACUGCAAGAAAGGAAAGGAGGCAGCGCAACAAAUGAUGAGGCUACUGAAGGGAAAUGAUCUGACAAAAAUCAAAGAAUCAUUUCUGCCUCGUCAGGACAAACUGUGGCAUCAGUGGUGUGAGAUGAAUAAAGAACUAAAUCGACCUCAAGGGGACGACCCAGAAAUGGAAAUCAGUAAAACAAAAGUUAAGAUGAUGAAAAUCCGUGAAGAGCAGCAUAAAGCUCCCAUCAAAUCCUCCUGGAUGAUUAUACCUCAGAUGAUCUGUCUGAUCUACUUCAAAAGUAUAAUAAGACAUGGUCAGAUGUCUCAAAAAGAACUUCAAGAUGCAACCUUUGGUUUGGAGCACAUCAUGAGGGAGAUCGGUCAGAUCUAUGAAUCAUGUUCUUCUGUGAAGAAAAACAAGAAAGACCUUCAGAUUGACUUCUCUUCUCUCCCGAGUCUCGCAGCAGAGAUGAUGAUCUCUGGAUUUCCACUGGAGCUGAUGGAUGGAGAUGCUGCUCAUGUUCCUGUGAUCUGGAUCUCUGCUGUUCUAGAUCAACUCAUCCAGAAACUGGGAGACCAGAGGAUCUUUGUGCUGUCAGUUUUAGGGAUUCAGAGCUCUGGGAAAUCCACCAUGCUGAACGCCAUGUUUGGACUCCAGUUUGCCGUCAGUGCUGGCAGGUGCACCAGAGGAGCUUUCAUGCAGCUGGUCAAAGUGUCUGAUGAGAUGAAAACACAGAUGAAAACACAGAUGAAAACACAGAUGAACACUGACUAUAUUCUGGUUGUUGAUACUGAGGGUCUACGAGCUCCAGAACUUGCAGGAAGUUCAACAAGACAUCAUGACAAUGAAUUAGCCACAUUUGUUAUUGGCCUUGGAAAUAUGACACUGAUAAACAUAUAUGGUGAAAACCCAGCUGAGAUGCAGGACAUUCUUCAGAUUGUUGUUCAGGCCUUCAUGAGGAUGAAGGAGGUCAGACUGACUCCCAGCUGUGUGUUUGUGCAUCAGAACGUUUCAGACAUCACAGCUGGAGAGAAAAACAUGGAGGGAAGGAGACGACUGCAGGAGACACUGGAUAAGAUGACAAAACUUGCUGCUGAAGGUGAAGUCAGUAAUGCAGAAUGUUUCAGUGAUGUCAUUGCAUUUGAUGUACAGAAGGAUGUUGUGUAUUUUGCUCAGCUCUGGGAGGGCAGCCCACCCAUGGCCCCACCAAACCCUUCAUACUGUGAAAACAUUCAAGACCUAAAGACAACUAUUCUUUCUCAUGUCUCACAAUCAAACGUCAUGAUGCUGACAGACAUAAAAUCUCACAUUACAAAUCUCUGGGAGGCUUUGCUGAAGGAACGCUUUGUGUUCAGCUUCAAAAAUGCCCUGGAGAUCGCUGCAUAUAGGAAAUUAGAGACAGAAUACAGUAAGUGGACCUGGAGUCUUAGGAAAGCCAUGUUGGAAACUGAAAACAAACUACAGAACCAAAUAGAAAAUGGAGCAAUCAAGGUGGUCGAGGAAACAGAUCUUCAAGAAAAACUAAAUAUAAAAUAUACAGAAGUGAAAAAAUCUAUGACAGAAUUCUUUGAGAAAGACACCAAUGCCAAUAUACUGAUUCAGUGGAAAACAUUUUUUUGAAGUAAAAAUCUCACACAUACAGGAAAACAUUAUUAGAGAAACAAAGAGGAAAUUG